AUGACUUCCGAUCAGAAAACAAACAUGCCAUACAAUACUCGAAGAAAGUCGCUCUCGUUGCCUUCUCUAGGCAUACAUCUUCCAGUAACUCAUGCUUCCAGAGCGGCCGCCCGCGUCUCACCGCCUUCUGCCGGCCCAAAUUCUGAGAAUCCUCCCUCAAAAAAAUUAAAGAGGUCGCAUGAGGAGUCGCCGUCCAUGUCGCCUCCUCCCAAACGAGCGCCGUUGAAGUACGAAAAUACUCCACCGCCGUCGCCAGAAGCCGAGACAGACGACUUGGAUGAGGUCAAGCCAAGAGAGAUUGAUUUGGAAGGAAUCAACGACGAGAUUGUUGAAGGGGUUAUUGUUCUGCUGCAGAAGACUGGUAAUAGGCCUCAUCUAGUGAAGGAACUUGCUGCGAUACUUUCGCAGAGCGUCAAAAUCGUCGAACAAUCUGCGAACCCUUCUGCGAUCAUAUCUUCCCGACUUUCCUCAUACUUGAAGCGACCAUGGACAGCACUUGCGCCUUGCCCCGUGGCAAAAGAACUAGAAACCGUACAUCCCCGAAGAACCUAUUUUUACCUGACGACAUAUCCCCAUCAACCUAUUCCUGACACAUCGACCGUACACUUCCCGUCAAGAGCAAUCAUUUCGCCGUCCAUAUCAAGCGCAGCUUCCAGAUCCGACGAAGCUGAUGCAGAACGAAGAAGAGAGCUCUCGCCAUCCCCUGAAGUGGACCUCUCAUCCCCUGAAUUCGAAGACGAUGAUAUGUCGACGCCACCAACACCUACAGGCUCUUUCUCAGGCCGACCAACCGAAGCACCGCGGAAUCACCGUGCGUCGUCGCCACCUUUAGAGAAAGAUGAGAAGGAAUUCACACAAACGGCUAGAGGGAUGCAGAAGCGAAAGUUGAGCGCGGACAUACAGAUGAGUGGAGUUCCAUCGGAAAUGACGGACCACCCGACGAAAAGCCUGGAAGCCGACUCCCUGUUCGGCGAAGCUCGGAAUUUGAACGUCUUGAAUUCCUCGGUCUUCACGAGCAGUCCUGCCAUGAAGCCGACAAUGACUGCAUUGUCUUUCAGCAUGAUGAAGCGCCCCUUCGAGGACUCGCACGAGGUCUGGACCGAGGCCUCAACCGAGUGGGAUAUGCGCAGUCCUGAGAAUGUUGAAUUGGAGGAAUUGGACGGCAUGUUUGACGACUUCUGA